AUAUAGACAAUGUCCAUCCAUGCAUCACUAUCGCCAUCGCCUGAGCCACCUGCCUCCUUCUGAUCAGCCGCUCAACAUGCAGCCCAAAGGAGUCUCUCUCACAAUGAAGUUCCUGCUGCUGUCCUGCAUCCUGAGCACGGUCCUUGUUGUCACCAACGCAAAGGGCUCUGACAGCGUUGAAAGCUCUGGUUCGGAGAGCCUAGAAGAGCGCCCACAAAAAGGAACUCGCGUUGUCUUGCCCCUUCUUGGCGGCCUCCUGAAUCAGCGCAAGUACGCUCGGCCAACCCUUGUGCUGGAAGUCUGAGAUACCUAUCUGGACAACCAGGGCCAUCUCCUAUGAAAUACUGCUGCUUCCCAAUCAUCUUCUUCCUUCAGCUUCCUCAUGCUUUUUAUCACCAGCACAGUGAAACCACAGCUCAGCAGUGGGGUUCCCGUGACUGAAGCCAACGUGGGUCACAGUGAAUAGCUCGCCGCACUCUUGUCUGCUUCCUUUCUAUGUCUGAAUAAACGCUAGGUAGCAAGUAACCACAAUUUCUUCAUCAUUUCUUAACAACAAACGUUCCCACAUCACUUCAGUGCCCACACUGCCACUGUCAGCAAAACAGGGAGGGCACCACUGCAGCAGCUGAGCCCUCAGACUCUGGGCUCUGUGGAACCUCCAUCCCAUCCUUUAGACGGUCACUGUAGCACACAAACCACUGCUGCAGCACCACCAGCUCCUCCUUAGGAUCUUGAGGUGGUUUAUUUGUUUGGUAAACAAAACAAAUGACCGCCUCCCAGAGCUCACCGCCCUUAUUGGGCGGAGCCACCAUUCGGUUGGCUGAGCCCGUCCUUUGGCCCCGUCCCCUUCUCACUCCGCUCUCCCGACUGGCUGCAUCUCUCUCCCCGGUCUCCCGGCGGGGCCGCGUGCAUUGAGCUGUCCCGGUGGUGCGUAGCGGUCGCAAGAUGAACCUGGCGGUGGAGCUGCUGCUGUUCGUGGGCACGCUGCUGUACUCCUACGUGGAGGCGCUGCUGAAGCUGCUGCUGCCCGUCAAGAGGAAGAACGUCCGCGGGGAGCUGGUGCUGGUGACGGGCGCUGCCCGCGGCCUGGGCAGAGCCACGGCCCGAGAGUUCGCCCGGUGCCAGAGCCGCCUGGUGCUGUGGGACGUCGAGGCGCAUGGCCUGAAGGAGACGGCAGCAGAAUGCGAAAGUCUGGGAGCCACCGUGCACACCUUUGUGGUGGACUGCAGCAAAAGGGAGGAGAUCUACAGCGCUGCCGACAAGGUGAAAAAGGACAUUGGUGAUGUCUCCAUCCUGGUGAAUAACGCCGGUGUGAUUGCAGCUGCUGACCUGCUCUCCACCCAGGACCACCAAGUGGAGAAAACCUUUGAAGUCAACAUUCUCGCUCACAUCUGGACAACGAGAGCUUUUCUGCCAACAAUGAUGAAAAACAACCACGGUCACAUUGUCACAGUGGCUUCUGCAGCAGGUCAUUUUGUAGUUCCUUUCAUGGUGACUUAUUGUGCAAGCAAGUUUGCUGCAGUUGGAUUUCAUAAAGCCCUAACGGAUGAACUGUCUUCACUGGGAAAGGAUGGAAUAAAAACAACGUGUCUCUGUCCAGUUUUUAUCAAUACUGGAUUUGUCAAAAACCCCAGUACUAGGCUUGGAAAGAUCUUGGAGGUUGAUGAAGUUGUGAAGGCACUGAUGGAAGGAAUACUGACCAACCAGAAAAUGGUUUUUGUUCCAUCAAGUCAACGCAUUGGUUUACUUUUUGAAAGGUUGUUCCCAGAACGUGCCUUGAAUUAUCUCAAAAAGAUGAGCGAUGUCAAGUUUGAUGCAAUUGUUGGGCACGGAAGCAAUCAGUGAAAAGGAAAUUGUUUCAUGACAUGACUGAAAUCAGAACAUCUGCUGAGUAUAGCACAACGAUUUGGAGCAGAAUUGAGCUGGGUACUUCUUCCACACCACCACUUCUCAUCACACCUUCAGGGCCAUUCAACACCUGCAGCAGGAACAGAUGUGCAUAACACGGUGUGUUAGCAGAGAUGCAGCUCAAGAAGUUGGACUGUUAUGCAAUGUGCACAACUGCUCAUGUGAGUGCAGUGGGAUUGUAGAGUAUAAAUUAAUCUGGUCUUAUCACUGAGUAAAAUUACCUUGUGUCGAGGAAUGCUUAGAGGUGGCCUGCUUCAAUGUGAUGAAUCUUUAAGUUCCAAAAGCCUUGUUCUGCACACAGUUUAAUGCAUUCUUUGUAGUGAGUACCUGCAAUAAUACAGCCUCUUAAUCAAGUGUUACCUAAAUAUGUUGAUUGCCUAUUAUGUAUGAGCUCCACUAGCACAACGUGUGCAGAAUAAAAGCAGUUCUUUAA